AUGGAGUGCACACUAACGGCUGUAGUUUGCGCUCUCGUGCUAAUAUUGGUUGUUGUAUUGAUUUUGGCGAUGGUUAUCAUCUAUAAAUCAAGUGAAGCCUAUCCAGACCUAGGCAGAUUUGAGAGUGAAGAGUAUUUCCUGGAUCCAAAGAAGAAUAAGAAAAUAAAGUUACCCAGCAUCCAUGAUCCCCCGAGUGUUGACCUAACAGUUGUGGUUCCAGCUUAUAAUGAAGAAGAAAGGUUGCCUGCCAUGAUGAAUGAAGCCAUAGAUUAUUUAGAAGAAAGACAGAAACUGAUGCCAUCCUUCAGUUACGAAAUUGUAGUAGUGGACGAUGGCAGCAAGGACAAGACAACAGCGACAGGACAUUUAUACUCCAGCAAGUAUGGUGUAGAUAAGGUUCGUGUACUGACAUUAGAGAAGAACCGUGGCAAAGGGGGAGCUGUGCGCCUGGGAAUGUUUGUAGCGCGGGGAAAACUGCUGUUAUUUGCUGAUGCUGAUGGUGCAAGCCAGUUCAAAGAUUACAGAAAACUAGAGACAGAAAUGCUUAAAAUUAAUAAAAAAUCUGACAAUCAAGCUGUAGUCUGCGGCUCCCGAGCUCACUUGGAAAAGGAAGCCAUUGCAGAGCGAUCACUGUUCCGUACAUUCCUGAUGAAAGGCUUCCACUUCCUCGUCUGGUUUCUAUGUGUACAAGGAAUCCGAGACACACAGUGUGGCUUUAAACUUCUAACCAGAGAUGCAGCUAUCAUAUUGUUUUCUAAUUUACAUGUGGAGAGAUGGGCAUUUGAUGUAGAAUUGUUGUAUCUGGCCCAGCGCUUCAACAUGAGAAUAGCAGAAGUAGCCAUUACAUGGCAGGAGAUAGAAGGAUCAAAGAUGAUUCCAGUGUGGAGCUGGCUACAAAUGGGCAAAGAUCUGCUUCUGAUACGUCUACGUUACAUCAUAGGGGCAUGGAAAAUUAAUACCAAAGUGAAAAAAGAGUAAACUGUGAUAGUGGGAUGUUUGUUUGUGAGAUGGAGAGAGAUGGCAAAAAUGAGAGAGCGAGAUAGAUGCACAGAGCAAUAGCUGAUGUAAAUGGGAUGUUACAGAUUAUGUUAUCUUUUGUACCGACUUCGGUAAUGUCAUGCGAGUGUAUGUGGUGUAUACCUUCAUCUAAUUGAAAUCAGAUUCUAAUUAAUCAUUAAUUCUGUCCAUAACAUUCACACACAUGAUAAUCUGAGAUGGUUAAUGAAACUUGAACCCAUGUCAGUUUCCUAUGUAACUGAUAUUCCUGGCAAUAUUUUUCAGAAGUUUUGGUAUAGUUUAGUAUCACAGGCACUUGAAUCUGGUGUGUAAUAGCAAGGGAUCUGUUUCACAAACAGGGUACAACUUAAAGAGUGGUUGUACAUUCAUAUGUAGGCCAUGCAUUAGAGUUACAACCCAUUUCACAAAGCAUGUGUAACUUAAAGGUGGUUGUGAGUUGCAGAUGGGGAUUUAUGUACACAUAGAUUGAUAUAUGCUGGUGUAGGUUUACCCUGUUUGUGAAAUGCCUUUCAGAGUAAAAACCUAAUAAUCCACUCUAUAGUGUAGUGUAUAGUUGAUUAGGAAUUUUAUUUUUUAUUAUUUAAUAGCAGGUAUGAGUGUCCAAACACAUGCUCUGUAAAUACAACAUGAAAGUAAUAGAAUAGAAGUUCAUAUAACACAACCAGUAGAACAUUAGAGUGUGAUGUU